CUUUGUACGGGCUCUCGGGCAAGAAUGUUAGUUCCUGCUCUUCCCUAGCCGUUUCCUGUAAUCGUACUGUGUUGUGAGACGGAGAAAGCCAUGUGUGUCGAUGCAAAGGUGUUUUCUUUGACAAUUUGAAGAACUGGAUGAGUACAAUUUAGCUUUCAUCUCGGAGCGGCUCUAACAUUGUGCCCAUCUCCCUGUGCGGAGGGGGCAAGAUGGCAGACCCUAUCAUGGACCUCUUUGAGGACACACCCCUGUUUAACCUGGACGCUAUCCCUGAUGACUCCUUUUCUCAUGGUUCAUCAGACCCAGUGGAAGAGGCUCUUAAGCUGGCGUUAGGUCAGGUGGAUGCACCGGUUGAAUCAGAGCCCACGCCUGACCUUCCAGUCAACGCUGACCUUUGUGUUCCUGCCACAACCGCCACCGUACCUGCACAGGAAUCCAUUCCAGUUCCCGCACAGCAGACGGCAGCAGUGGUGACUGCUCAGACUGUUUCCUUAGCCACGCUUCCCACUGUAGCCCAGGCUCCUGCUGUUGUUGAUACUGUACCUCAAGUUCAAGCCCAUGCCACAGUAUCCAUAGCUAGCAACACCAAUGUGGUCAGCAGUAGCACUGUCCUGCUUAACUCACCGCUAACUCUUUCCAGCCCCUCAGCCGCCGCCACCACUGCUGCUCAGCAGCUCGCACAGAUCGCCCAGCAGCUCACUCCCCAGCAGCUAUCUGCUCUCACGCAGCAAGCGGGAGGGAAGAUUGUCAUUCUCAAAGGUCCCCAGGGGCAAGCCCAGGUCCUCCAAACUGUACCAGGAGCCACAAGUUCUACAGGUGGCAAAGUCAUCCGUUUGGUGUCUGGCUCACCGCUCAAACCGGCCGUACUACAAGGAGGAGCGGUCUUGAACCAAACGACCACAGGGCAAACUCAAUUAAAGGUUGGCGCUGCGGGUGUACAGAGGCUGCUGCAGUCCCCCAAUGGUCCAGUGAAACAGUUGCUGCUCACCUCCAUGCCCCAGCAAGGCCAGCAAGUCCAAGUGCAGAUGCAAACACAAGUGCAAGUCCAGCCCCAGAGCCAGCCUGCUCAAAUCCAAAUCCAAGCUCAGAACCAGGUCCAACUCCAGCCAGCCAUGCAGGCCCAAACCCCAGGGAGUGAAGCAAAACGAAUCACCCUGGUUCUCCAGCAGCCUUCACAAGCUGGAGCCGCUUCCUCAAUGGGUCACACUGUUGUAGCCCAACCUCAGGUCACACAGGUUCAAGGAGGCCAACCACAGGUCCAAGCUCCAACAAGACUAGUACUGGGACAGCUCCCGGGAGGUAAACUGGUCCUCCAGGGAAGCCAGCUGGCAGCCUUGACCCAGGCCCGGGCUGCAGGAGGGCAGCCCAAAGUCCUUACAAUCCAGUUGCAGGUGCAACAGCAGCCAAACCAGCAAGGAGGAGUUAAGUACCAGUUGGUUUCAGGAGCAAGCGGUACUGGUAGCCCGCAGGUACUGCAGAUUUCCCAAGGCCAAGGAGGGCAGAGAGUUGCAGUGCCUCUCAAAAUGCUUCUGCAGCCACAGACUAGCGCGGCGGCUACAGCCGGUGGGGCUGUCUCAGUGGUGAAGGUCGUCAACGCUUCAACAGCGGGCCCCUCUAGUACCACCACCACGGCAACGCAGGCUAUCCGCAUCACCAAGGCCCCUGGCGAUUCAUCCUCUGUGCGACGCGUGGAGAUCCUCUGCAAGCAGGAGAAGGCAAAUCGAAUUGUGGCCGAAGCUAUAGCGAGGGCAAAAGCGCGCGGGGAGAAGAACUUGCCUCGAGUACUCAACCAGGACGAACUUCCUUCCACGCAGACCUCGCCAGAAAUUGGAGGCACUGUGACCGUUGUCACGUCGGCAAAGAAAAAGACAAGCGGGGGAGGGAGCAAGAAGAAAAGUCCUGUAAUUGCCGGAACGCUAUCUAAAAGUGCGGGAGGAGCUGACAAAAAAGGCAAAGCAAAGCCAGCCGGAGGGACGCUUGUCGAUUGCGGCGGCACCACCAUACCUGCUGGUGGCAUUAAGAGCAAAAGCAAAGCCAAGAUAAACACUAUUACACUUGUGGGGGCAAAGAAAAGAAAAAGGAAUCCAUCCUCCGAUCAUUCAGAUGGGGAGUUGAGUCCUCCCUCACCUGCUGCACUUGAAGAAGAUCUGAUCAUGAAGAGGCGCUCCAAUCGCGUGGUGAACAGAAAGAAGUACACCGAGGACCUGGACAUUAAGAUAACGGACGACGAGGACGAGCAGGAGGACGUUGACGUUACGACGACCACGGCGGCUGUGGCCUCCAUCAGUGCAGCACCGGCAGCGGCCCACAUCCACCAGGGCAUUGAUUUACAUGGUGACGGACUGCCUGGCAUGCAGUUCUUUGUGGAAAACCCAAGUGAGGAGGAUGCUGCCAUUGUAGAUAAAAUUCUUUCCAUGCGAGUAACAAAGAAAGAGGUCUCCUUAGGCCAGUACACCAAUCUGGAGGAAUUCUUUGUCAAAUACAAGAACUAUUCAUACUUACACUGCGAAUGGGCCACCAUGGGGCAACUGGAGAAAGACAAGAGGAUCCAUCAAAAGAUCAAAAGGUUCAAGACCAAGCAUGCGCAGAUGAGGCAUUUUUUCCAUGAGGAGGAGGAGGUCUUUAAUCCCGACUAUGUGGAAGUGGACAGGAUUCUGGAUGUAUCCCACAGUAUAGACAAAGACAAUGGCGAGCCAGUGAUUUACUACCUGGUUAAGUGGUGCUCCCUGCCUUACGAAGAUGCAACCUGGGAGUUGAAUGAGGAUGUGGAUGAGGGCAAGGUUGAAGAGUUUAACAAAAUCCAAACCCGACAACCUCGCCUCAAGAAAAUGACGCGGCCACAGGCUGGCUCGUGGAAGAAGUUGGAGGAGACGAGAGAGUACAAGAAUGGCAACACUCUUCGAGAAUAUCAACUGGAGGGUGUCAACUGGCUGCUCUUCAACUGGUACAACAGGCAAAACUGUAUCCUAGCAGAUGAAAUGGGUCUAGGCAAAACAAUCCAGUCCAUCACUCUGCUGUCUGAGAUUUAUGCGACUGGGAUCCAGGGUCCCUUCCUGGUGAUUGCCCCCCUUUCCACCAUCACCAACUGGGAGAGGGAAUUCUCCACAUGGACCAACGUGAAUGCCAUCGUCUACCACGGCAGCUUGGCCAGCAGGCAGAUGAUCCAACAGUACGAGAUGUACUGUAAAGACGACAAGGAACAUUUAAUCCCGGGCGCGUACAAAUUUGAUGCGCUGAUCACAACUUUUGAAAUGGUGUUGUCCGACUGCCCCGAGCUGAGGGAGAUAUCCUGGCGUUGCGUGAUCAUCGAUGAAGCGCAUCGCCUCAAGAAUCGUAACUGCAAGCUGUUGGACAGCUUGAAAAUGUUGGAACUGGAGCACAAGGUGCUGUUGACUGGAACUCCUCUGCAGAAUACUGUGGAGGAACUCUUCAGUUUGCUUCAUUUCCUGGAGCCGGCACAGUUUCCCUCUGAAAUUGAAUUCCUUCGGGAAUUUGGAGACCUCAAAACCGAGGAGCAGGUUCAGAAGCUGCAGGCUAUAUUGAAGCCGAUGAUGUUGCGAAGGCUCAAAGAGGACGUCGAGAAGAAUUUGGCACCCAAACAGGAGACAAUCAUUGAGGUUGAGUUGACGGAUAUUCAGAAAAAGUACUACCGGGCCAUCUUGGAGAGGAACUUCAGUUUUCUCAGUUUAGGAGCAAACAGUAACAGCAAUGUCCCCAAUCUGCUCAACACUAUGAUGGAACUGCGCAAGUGCUGCAACCACCCUUACCUCAUCAACGGUGCGGAGGAGAAGAUUGUAGCAGAGUUACGGCAAGCAUAUGACCCUCUGGCUCCAGACUUCCAUUUGCAGGCCUUAAUUCGGUCGGCCGGAAAACUCGUCUUGCUGGACAAGCUUCUGCCACGGCUCAAGGCCGGUGGUCACAAAGUCCUUAUCUUCUCCCAAAUGGUGCGCUGCUUAGACAUUCUGGAGGACUACCUCAUCAACAAGAGAUACCUGUAUGAGCGGAUUGAUGGCAGAGUACGUGGCAAUUUACGACAGGCUGCCAUCGACCGCUUUAGCAAGCCGGACUCGGACCGCUUUGUCUUUCUGCUGUGUACCCGAGCUGGCGGCUUGGGUAUCAACCUCACCGCGGCUGACACCUGCGUCAUAUUUGACUCGGACUGGAACCCUCAAAAUGACCUGCAGGCACAAGCACGAUGUCAUCGUAUUGGCCAGUCAAAGGCAGUCAAAGUCUACCGUCUAAUCACGAGGAAUUCCUACGAGAGAGAAAUGUUGGACAAAGCCAGUCUAAAGCUGGGUCUCGACCGUGCCGUCCUGCAAAGCAUGAGUGGCAAUAAAGACAGUAAUGUAAACGGGAUCCAGCAGUUUUCGAAGAAGGAGAUUGAAGACUUGCUGAGGAAAGGCGCUUACGCCGCCAUUAUGGACGAGAACGACGAGGGUAGCCGCUUCUGUGAGGAAGACAUUGACCAGAUCCUCCAGCGCAGAGCCACCACCAUCACCAUAGAGAGUGAGGGCAAGGGCUCCACCUUCUCAAAGGCCAGCUUUGUGGCCUCCGAGAACCGGAAUGACAUUGCCCUCGACGACCCGGAAUUCUGGGAAAAGUGGGCCAACAAAGCUGACAUCGACAUGGACACCAUCAACAGAAAGAACACACUCGUUAUUGACACUCCCAGAGUGCGCAAGCAGACCCGGCAAUAUUCCACUCUGCGAGGAGAAGGUGCAGAACUAACCGAUGCUGACAGUGACGAAGAGUACCCACCUGUCAAUUCCAGACACUCUCGCUCUUCCCGACGUGCUGAUCGCCACACUGGAGUUGGCUACGGUCGCACUGACUGUUUCCGCGUGGAAAAACAUCUGCUUGUCUAUGGUUGGGGCCGCUGGAGGGACAUUCUCUCUCAUGCCCGAUGUAAGCGGCGUCUGAGUGAGCGCGAUGUGGAGACAAUCUGCCGUGUCAUCCUGGUAUUUUGUCUUCUUCACUAUCGUGGCGAUGAGAACAUUAAGAGUUUCAUCUGGGAGCUCAUCACUCCACCGGAGAACGGACGUGAACCCCAAACACUGCUCAACCACUCUGGCCUUUCCAUCCCAGUCCCCAGAGGUAGAAAAGGGAAGAGGGUAAAAGCUCAGAGCACAUUUGAUGUGCAGAAGGUGGAAUGGAUCCGCAAGUACAACCCAGACACGCUGCUGCUGGAUGACAGUUACCGCAAACAUCUCAAACACCAGUGCAACAAGGUGUUGCUCAGGGUGCGCAUGCUGUACUAUCUCAAACAGGAAGUGAUUGGUGAACAUGCUGAGUCUGUCCUAAAAGGGGCUGACAUUAGAGAUGUGGAUAUCUGGAUGCCAGAGAUGGAGCAGCAAGAGGUACCUACAACAUGGUGGGACGGUGAGGCGGAUCGCUCUCUGCUGGCUGGUGUCUUUAAACAUGGCUAUGAGAUGUACACAACCAUGCGUGCCGAUCCACGUCUCUGUUUCCUGGAGAGAGUGGGCCGCCCGGACGACAAGGCUAUCGAUGCCGAGCAGCACACUGCUGAUGGCGAGCUGGGAGAUGAAGCUGACUAUGAUAAAUACUCAGAGGACCCAGAGUUUAAGCCUGCAUCAAGACUCCCCAAAGACUCUUAUGAUGAGUCUGACGGUAUGAAGAUGGAGGAGGACAUCUCUGUUGAAGACAAGGCGGUUGCAGUGAUCACGGAAAGUGUUUCGAACCAGAACCAGAGCGGUUGCGAUUGGCCCUCGAGUUCCUCGCUUACCGCGCGCUUACGGCGGUUGGUCACAGCUUACCAGCGCAGCUACAGGCAGGAGCAGCUGAAAAUUGAAGCGGAGGCCAAGGGCGAUCGCAGACGCAGGAGAUGUGAGCAGGCCAGCAAGCUGAAAGAGAUAGCACGCCAGGAGCGACAACAAAGGUGGACACGCAGAGAAGAAUGUGACUUCUACCGAGUUGUCUCCACCUUUGGUGUAGAAAGAAUGAAAAAGGAGCCCGGCAUUGUUGAAGGCGAAGAACCAGACUACGAAUGGGCGCGAUUCCGCACCUUUGCACGCCUGGAUAAAAAAACGGAUGAAAGCCUUAGCCGCUACUUCCGCUCUUUUGUAGCCAUGUGCCGGAGAGUGUGCCAUCUGCGUCUUGGCCGGGAGGAGGAUUUGUCACCGCUUCCCCAGACUGUGGCCCCCAUCACAGAGGAGCGCGCUUCCCGCACACUGUAUCGCAUCAGCCUCCUCCGUCGCCUCCGUGAACGGGUCCUUCCGCACCCCUCCCUGGAAGAGCGUCUGCUGCUGGCACCCCGCACCUCCGAGCUGCCCACCUGGUGGAGUAUUCCGGAGCACGACCGUCAGCUGAUGCUCGGCACAGCGCUGCACGGCGUCAGCCGCACCGAACAGUCGGUCUUCCCAGACCCGCAGUUCACAUUCACUGCGGCCCGAGAUGAAUUCAUUCAGAACCAGCAAGCCCCGCCUCCACCCCAACCGCAACCCGUUAUGCACCUCAACCAGCCAAAGUCCAUUGCAGAGGUGCCGGAUGUGAAGGAGGACAGACAAGAAAUGGACAUUAGUUUGCUAGGUGGUGCAAUCAAUGCUCACCUGCAAAGUACUCCUUUGACUCACCAUGACGGCAAGGCACGAGGACAAAGCUGGAGCUUCAAGAAGAACAAAAACAAGGGAGCGAGCAAAGGAGGUGAAGAGGGUGGGUCCGAUUCGGAUUCGGACUCGGAUUCAGGUUCGUCGUCAUCUGAUCGAUCGGGCAGCAGUGAUGACAGCGGAGAUAGUGAAGAAGAAGCGGGUGGAGGUGCGAAGACGUGUGAUGUAGAUGAAGAAAACAGUUUACUCUCAAUGGCCUUGUCUCAGGAUGGCAUUCCGCCUGCGGAUCCUAUCAGAGUAGAGUGGCCCAAGGACCGUGUGUUGAUCAACCGUCUGGAUAGUUUGUGCACACUGGUGCUCACCGGACAGUGGCCGUCAGGGCGGCGCUACGUGUCGGAAACUCACGUUAACCAAAGCUCCGAGCUGCAGGGAGACGAAAUGGCUUAUGCUCGGGCGGGCCGCAAACCCAUCGGCGUGCCUGGAGGAGAAGGAGAGGAUGGAGAAUUCACUGUCAAACUCCUCAAGGAGGAGGGUCUGAAGCUGACCUUCUCCAAGCAGGCACUGAUGCCCAACGGGUCAGGGGGCGAAAGCAGCCGGAAGAGGCGCAAAGAACUGGAGUUAUCAGACCCAGAUGGCUUCCUUGACCCACUGGAGCGUAUUCCUCGCCGCCGGGACCCUCCCACCUGGCUGAAAGAGAAUCCAGAAUAUGAAGUGGAGGGGGACAUGCUAGAGCUUCUUGUGAACAGGAGCAAGAGAAAGAGGAGGAGGAAGGCAGAUAAAGCGCUGACAGGCAAUGAGAAGGUCAAGCUUAUUAACAUGCGGACAGGAAAGAAGAUCGGCGCCACAUUCUGUCCGAUGCUGCAAGAUCUGCGAGAAUACCUAGAAGAAAAUGCAGAUUUAGUCGUCGCACCCGAUUGGUCAGAAACAGUUCGGAACUCUGGCUUUUUGCCUGAAACGCUCUUCCAUAGACUGCUGACUGAACACUCGGACAUCCCUAAGAAAACUCGUCACCGGCACCACCAUCAUCAUCAUCACCACCACCACCAUCACCAACACCACCACACUCCAGAGCCACCACCUGAAAAUCCUUACCUGGAAGGAGUGGAAGAGGAGACUUUGGUCUCGGAUGGAGCUUACAUGAUGGACGAGGAGGACCUGGAGACCUCCCAACACUUCCUCACCAGUCCGGACUUUGAUGUUAAAAUUGAGGCUGGUGACAGCCUUUCCCAAGGAGACUAUGACAGCUCAGAUCAAGAGGCCCUAUUAGAUGACGUCAUCCUCACACAGAAGGACUCUGACUCAUCAUCUAGCUCAGAGGAUUGACCCCCCCCCCCCCCAUUCUCAAAUGAAUUAGACCCCGUCUGAAAGUGCGUCGUUAUCCCCCAUUUAUUUUUACCUUCUACAUGAAAUUGUGUUGCUGCUUUUAUGCGUUACAAAUUUAUUUUAUAUGUGGAUUUUGUUUUGAGAGAGCAGGUUUGCACCCACCCACCUUUCCGUCAAUCCGUCUCUUCUCGGUCGGUCCUCCACUGUAGCCGCAGCAAACGGCAAAUUUCAUUUUUACUCUGUGGCCCAUCAUCAACCUGCUCCGAUCACUCCCAAAUUGAGGAGUUCACAUCACAUUCCCAGCUGUGACCAAAAGGGGGCCUCCUGCUGUAGAUAACCUUUUCUUAUGGAGGAACUGCAAUUUGGGUCCUCGACAAACAUCAGUGAAAUAAAUAGACGCAAUCAAGUGGCAUCCAACACGUUCUUAGCCUUGUGGGUUCACAUCACCCGAGUCCAAGCAAGUCUGUAUAUGAAAUACAAGGGGUUCCAAUUUUUGGGUGUACUGUUAAUGUUUUAACUGUGUGAAGGAGAGGGUGUGUGGUGCAUUAGUUACUGAGGCAUUGGAAAAAAAGGAUGCUUGUAUUGUAUUAUGUAGAUCAGGUAACUUGUGUCUUAUGGUGCAAAGGUGACAAAUGAAUUGCUGUUCUUGUUUUAUGAUCUCUCUGUGACCUGAAUUACAGCAAACUACAGUGAUGGCAAGUCUGUGCGUAUUAUUGUCCUUUUCGCCGAGCGGUUGCUGGUUUACUUUCCCUGGAAGCAACAUUCAUGUGGGUCGUGACAUGAGACCCCCCCCCCCCUCCAUUAAAGAUAACUAGUGUAUGUUAUAAGAUA